UCCAAGGCGGCCCUAAAAUGUUAGAAAGCCAAAUUCUCACUCAAGCACACGCAGCGAACAAGAUAACGAAAUAUAAAUGCUGAGAACCCAUGAAAAACCGAGAGAAAAAGUGAUUUGAGAUUGUUCAAGUCGGUGAUGAUAAUUGGUUCCUCACCAGCUUCGAAACGCGGAAGAUUCACAACUCUUCACUUCAUGGACCCUGAAUCUGUCAAGGUUAUUCAGGAAAAGUUUGCAGCUGCCAAAGAAAAAUAUGGGCGGGAUAUCCGUGUGUUCGAAACAUCAAGAGCCUCUGCAAAUAAUAGUGACGUUCCAAGCACUGAGGAGCCAGAUGACUUUUAUGAUUUUACAGCAGAGGACUAUUUUCGGCUGAUGUCUACAAAAAAGGAAGAUAAAUACCUGAAGACUCGAAAAAUUCGUGAAGCAGAAGAAGCUACUCGUAGGUCAAAGAUAACGAAGGCUGUUAUCAGAGUUCGUUUUCCUGAUAAUUACACAUUAGAGGCAUCAUUUCAUGCAUUGGAAACAAUUCAGAGUCUAGUUGAUCUUCUCAUGAAAGUCGUUGCUCAUCCAGAAUUGCCAUUUUAUCUAUAUACAACACCUCCCAAAAAGCAAAUAAUGGAGAUGUCACAGGAUUUUUAUUCCGCUGGCUUCGUGCCUGGUGCAAUUGUGUAUUUUUCAUAUGAUGUGCCAAAAGGUGACGAUGGUUCUGCACCAUCAGGCCCCUUCCUUCAGGAAGAUGUCAUGUCUUUGCUAGGUCUGGAAUUUGUUGAAGAGCAGGCUGGGACUUCUCAACAGUCCCAACCUGAAACAGAAUCUGUGAUAUCUAGCUCCUCUGCUGCUCCUGAGGUAAAACCUGCUGCUGAUAAGAAGAAGAUCAAACCAAAAUGGUUGAAAAUGUGAUCCGGUUGACACUACACUAGGGUGAUAUUUUCUCUUCCUCUCUAUUGAGUCUGUUUCGCUGGUUGUUCUUUGACAUAUUAUUACAGACGACUUAAACUUGUUGCACUGGUCUGUUCAUGGGAAUAUGUAAUAUGAGCUGCACAUGGAUUGCCUACAGUUCACUAUGCUGUCUAGGUGUUCGAAAUUUCAAAAACUCUAACAAAGCAAAUUGUUAUCAGUGCAUUGUUUGAUAGUGUGAAUAUUGUCAGAUAAUUCUGGUUUAUUAUUGAACAGCCUUCUUUAUGGUUUUAA